AUGUCCACCUCGUCCCACGUGUCCCCCGACACGCAUUCGCCGCGCUACGCCGUCGACGCUCCAGUGGACGACCCUACGACGUUCCUCGAGGGAUCUCAACGCGAGGUGGAAGCCAUGCUGGAGGACCCGGUCGGUUCGGAACCUGCAGCGGAAACCACCGGGUCCGGUGUAAUGACCAUGGAACGUUGGGAGCGCAUGAGCGAUGCGGAGCGUUGGAUCAGGGCCGCCGUGUUGACCGAGUACGUCAGCGACAGAUAUAUGUCCGCCCUGGACCGGUUCGAAGCCGGCGCCGUCAAGAUCCUUCGGGAUAACUCGCACAAGACGGCCGUCGCGAUGGCGGACGGUUUGAAGGCGAUCGUGCGAGGUACGAACGAACUUACCGACAUCAUGGUGAUGGCGUUCGAAGAAGAUUCCACGACGCACGAUGCCAGCAAGAAUCGAUCGUCGGGGACAUCGCGCCCUUCAGACCGCCGGUCCUAA